GGCGCCGGGGGCGGGGAGGCGGGCGGCACCGCCCCGGCCGACAAAAGUCCCUUCGGCUCCGCGGGCGGCGGGGGGAAGUCCCUGUGCCCCGCGAUCCCGCCUCCCUGGCCGCGCUCCGGCCGGCCGUGUCGGGCCGCCCCAUGCCCCGAUGCCCCGCGGGGGCCAUGGACGAGGGGCCCGUGGACCUACGCACCCGGCCCAAGGCUCCCGGGACCCCCGGGGCCGCGCUGCCGCUCCGCAAGCGCCCCUACCGCGCGCCCUCCCCGGAGUGCGCAGUCCCCCGGGGCGCCUCCGAUCCUGGGGUUCCAGCGGACCCCUUGCGUGGAGGCUGCGACGCGCCGGGGGUCCCCGGGGUCCCCCACGGGCUGGCCAGGCCAGAGGCGCUGUACUACCCGGGACCAUUACUGCCUCUUUACCCCACCCCAACUCUGGGGUCCCCCUUCCCUCUGCUGAACCUACCUGCACCCCUGUACCCAACGAUGUGUCCCAUGGCACACCCCCUGGAACACCCCCUGGCAGCUGACAUUGCGCUGGCCACUCGAGCAGAUGAGGAUGGAGAUACGCCCCUCCACAUCGCUGUGGCCCAGGGCAAUACACCAGCUGUGUACCGCCUGAUCAGCCUUUUCCAUCUUGGAAGGCGCGAGCUGGACGUCUACAACCACCUUCGGCAGACACCACUCCACCUGGCUGUCAUCACCACCUUACCGACCGUCGUCCAGCUCCUGGUGACCGCGGGGGCCAGCCCCAUGGCGCUGGAUCGCCAUGGACAGACGGCAGCCCACCUGGCGUGCGAGCACCGCAGCGCGACGUGCCUGCGGGCCCUGCUGGACAGCGCGGCGCCCGGCACGGUGGACCUGGAGGCCCGCAAUUACGACGGGCUCACCGCCCUGCACGUGGCCGUGAACACCGGUUGCCCAGACACAGUGCUGCUUCUGCUGGAGCGAGGUGCCGACAUUGAUGCGGUGGACAUUAAGAGCGGCCGCUCCCCGCUCAUCCAUGCGGUGGAGAACAACACGCUGAGCAUGGUGCAGCUGCUGCUGCAGCAUGGUGCCAACGUGAAUGCUCAGAUGUACUCCGGCAGCUCGGCCCUGCACUCGGCGUCUGGCCGCGGGCUCUUGCCACUGGUGCGCACACUGGUCCGCAGCGGAGCCGACAGCGGCCUCAAGAACUGUCACAACGACACACCACUCAUGGUGGCCCGCAGCCGCCGGGUCAUCGAUAUCCUCAGGGGGAAGGCCACCCGGGCCGCCUCGGGGCCCCAGCCGGAGCCCUCCCCAGAGCGCAGCGCCACCACGUCCCCUGAGAGCAGCAGCCGCCUCAGCUCCAAUGGACUGCCUUCCACAUCACCGUCCUCCUCGCCCUCCCAGUCUCCCCCCAAGGACAUCCCUGGAUUCUCUCUGGCGCCCCCCAGCUUCUUCUGUCCUCCUCCAUCCCCACCUGCCUUCUUGUCCUUCCCUGGGGUCCUCCGAGGCCCUGGCCGGCCCGUGCCCCCCUCGCCAGCCCCAGGAGGCAGCUGAGAGGGAUGGGGGGGCAGAUCCGGACUUGUGAGGAGCCCCCCCCCCAAAGUGGCAAACACUUCUGUAAACUGUGAAGAUCUUACUUCAUCCCCCAUUUUUGGGAACAAGAUUUGCACCAGUGCACAUAUAUCACCUACCCUGAACCCCAUCUCCUGUGACGCUAUCACCCCCAUCUCAUCCCCACCCCAACGAACUCACCCCCUCAUUCUCAGACAUCUGCGCCACCUGUCUGGCGCCCAUCAUGCCCCCUCCUAGAGCAGGGGGAACCGGGGAAUGAGGCCUCCCCUCAUCCUCUCCCAGGUCCAAGGAGGGAGAGGGUGGCCUGUGGCAGGCAGAGGACAAUGUAAAUUAUUAGGCAUUUUGGUUAGAUUUCUUUUGUAUUAAACUAUUUUUGUACCAUA